AUGAGCGCUGCCGGUUACUACAACAACCAGGGCGGCCCGCCUCCUGGGCAGUACAACUCGCCUCCUCCGCCCCAGCAGGCAUACUAUCCACCUCAGGGCGGCCCUCCUCCCCAGGGCGGAUACUACCAGCAGGGUCCCCCGAUGCAGUAUCAGCAGCAUCCGCCGCCUCAAGGCCAGCCGCAAAAACAGAGCGGUGGCGCUGGUAAAGGCUGUCUUGCUGGUCUCUUGGCCGCCUGUGCAUGCUGCAUGUGCUGUGAUUGCAUUGAGGACUGUUGCUCUUGCUUCUUGGAAUGUUAA